UAUUGAUCUAACAUACCCUUUAAUGCAUUUUUGUUAAUGUAUUGUACAAGUGUUGUAUUUUUUUAUGAUAUAGAAAUCUCUUAGAGUCGAUCGCGCUAUAUAUACUUCUCCACUUAAAUAUCAGACUUUUGCUUGUAUCGUGUUCUAGUCUUCGAAUUUUAGAAGACUCCACCUAAUUUUGAAAAAAGAAGUUUCCUUACCUAAGAUUUGUUAUUUUUGACUAAUUUAUCACACAUACAUCUUACAACACUCCCCACCACACACACACACUAUCUAUAUAUACACAAAACUAGAAGUACUAAAAGUAUAGGAGACUUUAGGGAUUAUAAGAAAUGGGAAGUUUUCAAACCAAGGACAAAAGCCAACCAAAAGACAAAGUGGUUGAAGUGUUGAAAUACAAUGUAAGGUUUCUUCAAGGUGAGGUGAAUGAAAUUAUGUGUAUGAGGGAAUAUGAGAGUCAAGUUAAUGCACAAGAGAUGAUCAUAUUUGCAUUGAAAGAAGCAGAAUGGAAGAAGGAAAAGAAGAAGCUAAAAGAGGAAGUGAAGAAGUUGAAGAAAAAAUUGGAAGAAAAAGAUGAAGAAGACAAGUGUAAAGGAAUAGAGAAUUUGAGUGUAAAAGAAGAUAAAGAGUGGCAUCAAUUAGCAACAAGUUAUUUGUUGGAGCAAAUUAGGAAUGAAGAAGCUAGAAGGGAUGAAGCAAUAGAGAAAUGGAAACAACUCUAUUUUGCUAUCAAGAUUGAGCUUGAUGAACUUAUUCAUAGGACAAAUCAAGGAAGAGGACUAUGUUGGAAAAUAGAACAAAUGGAAUUAUUAGAGGAGAUGCAUAAAGAGUUGAAAGAAAAAGAGGAAAAAAUUGCACUUCUAAAAGAGGAAAUAGCUUCAAAGGAACAACAAGAGCUCAAGAGGGAAAGGGAAGUUGACAUUUUAAGGCAAAGUUUGAAAAUCAUGAGCUAUAAUAUGAAAGCAACAAACUUUUCUAAGAAUCUUUCAAAAAGCUUGCAUAUGUAAAAGGUAGUAUUAGUUUUUUUUUUUUUUUAAUUCAACAUUAAGUGAAACUAGAACUCCUUAUCGAGAUAUUCACUAUACUCAUAGUUUAAAUCUCGAAGCCUCUGAUUAAGGAUCGCAACGAUUUUAUCCAUACUGUCAAAGAUCUAGGUAGUAAUGAUACUAUUGGUUUGUAAAAUAUAGAAUUAGUGGUGGUUCUCUA